GUUGUAACCUCUAGCCGAGAACCUUCUCCGUUCUUGAACCGAAUGUGUGAUAUGCCCACCCCCUCCGACGCGGCGCCGGUUUUUCAAGUUUUCCGACUUUUCAUCCUGGAAUUAUUACGCAGAACAAUGUAACAAUGUCGUGAUUUAAAAAAGGCACAACUGCUCAUAUUACGCAGUCAAUUCUGCGACGAACGGGAGUCGUCAAAAGGCGAUUCCUGUGUUAAAUAUACAAAGUUAAGCUUAUUUUUGUUAUAAUGAAAAAAAUAUUUAACUUUAAUAAUAAUAAGCAGAAUUUUUAAAAGUGUUUGUUUGUGUUAUCUAAAUUUCUACAGAAACAAGAAAGGAUUUAAGUUUAAAAAAUAAGAAAGAUGAUUGAAGAAGAUGAAGAUUUCAAUAUAGACGACCCAGAGUCAUUCUAUAUGUCAGACGAUUCAUUGGAUUUAGUCAAAAAUGGGGGCCAAGAAGAAAUAAAAGCCAAGAAAUUCUUUACGUGUGAAAAGUGUGAAAAAGUUUUUCAUCAAGUGGGACACUUCCGAAGGCAUUUACUCCAGCACACAGGCGAGAAGAGAUACAGUUGCCCGUUAUGCGAUUACAAAAGUAUCGAUGCCGGAGGAUUGAAGAAGCACGUUUUCAAUCAUACCGGGGUGAAGCCUUUCACGUGCGACCAUUGUCAUUUUAGCGCUGGGACGAUAUACCAUCUGAAACGGCAUCUUAUGAGUCACACGCGCGAGAAGCCUGUCGGGUGCAGGUUCUGCGAUUACAGGUGUUCCCAACUCGGCGAUCUCAACAAGCACAUGCUCGUCCACACAGGUGAAAAAUCCUUCGUAUGCAUCGAAUGUGACUAUACGUGUUCGCGCGCCUGCGACCUGAGAAAGCACGUGAGGACGCACACGGGGGAGAAGCCGUUCUCUUGUCCUUAUUGCGAGUACAGAUGUAAACGCUCCGGACACUUGAAGAGCCAUUUGGUACGACACAGCAAAAUGUACAUGUGCAACAUAUGUAAUUAUAGGGGCUUGGAUGUGUCUGCCUUGAAAGGGCAUUUGCAAACCCACGGUUUACAAGACUAAAAUUUUACAAAAGCGAUUUGUGAUAUGUUUGUAGUUCCUUUUAAUAUAUUGUUACCUAAAUUAAGUUAGUGUCUGCUUUGUGCUUUUAAAAAGCAGACUAGAAGGCUGUUUUUAUUUCUUUUAAACAUGUUUCGACCUAUGCUGGUCUAAAUUUGUAAUUAUAAAAAUCGAAAAAACAUUUUCAUAAUUUUAAUGUUAAAAACAAAAUAAGGAAAGAAAAAUGCAUGGAGAGUGUGAAUUUAAGUUUUCAAAAACGUCUUUUUAUCGUGUCUCCACUGCUACUAGUCACAUGAGUCAACAAAACGCAUGCGGAGAUCGCGGCUACCAGUGUGUUCAGGCAAGUGCUUUAAAACUGUGAAUACUGUUGAUAGCCCUGCGACAGAAAAUUGUCCAUAACUGAACCAUUUCACUGUACACUCUUUAAAAAAUAUUGUACUUGCGCCUUCUAAUCACUUGAUAAGCUACAGAAAAAACAGUGGACAUUAAGGCAUAUAAAAUCACCAUCGACAAUUUUCUGUGCAUUUUAUGUACUUUUUCAACAUUAUACAGAGUACUUGUCCAGUUUUUACUUUUUUGUAAAGGAGAUUUUUAAUCCAAUCCUCUUUUUUUUUAAAUAAUAAAGUGAUGUUUCUUUUUUGUUCAAUUUUUGGUUAUUUGACCCAAUGGUAAAUUAUUAUAGUUACCAAUAAAUAUUGACAAGUUAUUGUAAUAUUUUUAUUAUUGUCUAGCUUUGAUUAAAAUUCUUAACAUAUUGUUGUUCAUUUUGGUAAAAAACGCAAAAAGUAGCAUAUAGUAAAUAUAUGUUAGAACGAGGAAUAAAAUAAGAGCUACAUUAAAAAAACAACAACAAUAUUUAUAAUU